CUUUCAUAUACGUGAUAUCGUAUCGACAGUAUAGAUUUUUCAACAUGCAAUGUCGAGAUAAAUUAACAAAAUUUUGCAAUAGCUUAUGAAUGGCAACAAUAGUUAUAAAAUUGUGUUUAGUGCGUGAAAAUUACAUAUUAUUUGAGCUAAUUAAAAAAAACAAUAACGAAUAUACAGUGUUUUAAAAGUUUAUUUAGUAAUCAAGAUGACAUCAAUGUUUGAUCAGUAUGAGCAGGCUUCUCAGCGUUCCAAGCAAGUGGUUGCACCACCGAUUCGUCCGGACAUUAGCACUGCAGGUUUUAUACAAAUGAAGCUGCAGGAUGAUGGGCCAAUAUUCACUAAGCAGAAAGUUAACUUUUUGCCAUCUGAUAAAAUUCUUCAUUUGGCUGUUAGUAACAACAUAUCUGUGAUUGCUAUGGCUAACAAUAUCUUGUUGCGCAUUGAUAUGAAAAAACAAUCAGAAUCUGACAAAAUUGAAGAAAUUGACAUAUCCAAAUAUGCAUUGAGCAUGAAAAUAUCUGGCUUGUUUCUGGAUCCAUCGGGUUAUCACCUGCUGAUAACUCUAGUGCCAAGACAUGGAGAUAAUCCACCAGCAGAGAUAUACUACUUGCAUAGGAACGCAACAAAACUCAAACAGGCUGGCAAGUUCAAGGGUCAUGAAAUCACUGCUGUGGGCUGGAACUUUUCUAAAACGUCAAAAACAACUUCUGGUCCAAUUUUACUGGGCACUUCUAAGGGUCUAAUUUUUGAAACAGAAAUUGGAUUGGAGAAUGAUAAGAUAUUUAAUACAAGUUUGGAACAAUAUUGGCGCCAGCUUCCAAAUUACCUGCCUCUUUAUGGAACAAAAGAGGUAGGAGGAUUGGUAUUUGACUUAGGAAAAAAUAGUAAGCCUCCAAUCACUGGAAUAGAAUUUCAUAAAAUACCUAACUCGGACAAAUAUGUGAUUAUUGUAACCACUCUUAUGCGCAUUUAUCAAUACAUUGGUGCUAUUAGUAAUCCCGAAGAGAAACCUCUCUUGCAGCAAGUGUUUUAUAAAUAUCUUAAUGCACAAGAGAGUUUUAGCGAAGUAAUAAAUUCUUUGUCAUAUUCGAAAAUGCAAUUUUACUAUCCAUCUUUGGAUGUUUUACCAAAAUCGUUUGGAUGGUUGACAGAAACUGGUAUCCUAUAUGCCCAGGUAGACCCGAAAUCUGAUACGAAUAUACUGAUUAAUCAGCAAAUGUUGACGUGCCCGGAAACGAGUCUUAUGGGCAGUAAUGUUUCGCAAACCACUUCGCUACCAUUGUCUUUUGUAUUGACGGAAUUCCACGCAUUACUGUUAUAUCCAGAUCGCGUAAAGAGUAUAUCGCUUCUGAAUCAAGAGUUGAUAUUUGAGGACAUUUACAAUGAUGCGGUCGGCAAAUUAAUUGGCAUCACUAAGGAUCCUGCGACGAAAUCGAUUUGGGCUUAUAGUGAGCAAGCCGUCUUUAAAUACAAAGUAACGAAAGAAGAUAGAAAUGUUUGGCAGGUGUACAUUGAAAAGGGUGAGUUUGAACUGGCCAAGCAAUAUUGUAAAGAUAAUCCGGCACACAUUGAUCAAGUACUAAUCAAACAAGCGGAAAUGCUUUUCAAAAACAAAGAAUAUGAGAAGAGUGCUUUAAUAUAUGCUGACACUCACUCUUCCUUUGAAGAGAUCUCAUUGAAGUUUUUGCAGGAAUGGCAAAUUGAAGCAUUGAAAACAUUUUUGUGCAAGAAACUUGAUGGUUUAAAGACGCAAGACAAGACACAGAUAACAAUGAUUGUAAUUUGGGUGACGGAAUUAUUUAUGAACCAAAUGGGAGCCUUGCGCAGUAGCAACACAGCCUAUCUUCAUGAUUCACAGUAUAUGGAGUUGCAGAAACAAUUUGAUAGCUUUCUCGCUAUUCCCAAAGUCGAGGAAUGCAUAAAGAGAAAUCGUAGUACGAUAUACGAUUUGAUGGCCAGUCAUGGCGACAAGGACAAUCUGAUACGUCUUACGAUAAUGCACUGCAAUUACGAGGAAGUGAUUCGACAACAUCUGUACAAGAAUAAUUAUCUGGAGGCACUUGGGGUACUAAAAAGUCAGAACAAUAAAGAUCUCUUCUAUCGAUUCGCGGGGAUAUUGUUACAAGAAUUGCCGCGGCCUACGGUAGCUGUUUUAAUCUCACAAGGAUCAUCGUUGAAGCCGGCGAAGCUUCUGCCAGCCUUAGUCUCGUGCAACAGUGAUGAGAAGCAUGCAAAAGAAAUUAUUAAGUACUUGGAGUUUUGCGUGUAUAAACAGGGCUCGCAGGAACAAGCAAUUCACAAUUUCCUCUUAUCAUUGUACGCUCGUUAUAAGCAAGACGAAGUCAUGCGAUAUAUAAGUUCUCAAGGUCAGGAUAUCAGUAUGGUACACUACGACGUGCAUUACGCGUUACGAUUGUGUCAGGAAGUAGGCUUGACGGAAGCCUGUGUACAAUUGUCGGCAUUACUCGGCUUGUGGGCUACUGCUGUAGAUCUCGCGCUUACGAUCAGCGUGGAUAUCGCUAAGCAGAUCGCUGCCAUGCCUUCUGAUCAUGAUGACGAACUAAGAAAGAAACUGUGGUUAAAAAUAGCGGAGCAUGUGGUACGAGAAAAAGAUGAUAUACAGCAAGCAAUGAAAUUUUUGCAGCACUGCGAUUUAGUUAGGAUAGAAGAUAUUUUGCCUUUCUUCUCCGAUUUCGUCACAAUUGAUCAUUUCAAGGAAGCUAUCUGCAAUUCUCUACAGGAAUAUAAUCAGCAUAUUCAAGAUCUUAAAGAGGAAAUGCAAGAAGCCACAAAGGCAGCAGAGCUAAUCAGGAAGGAUAUUCAAGCCUUUAGAACCAGAUGUACCUUUGUGCAUGCAAGAGACACGUGCAAUACAUGUGAAGUACAAUUGCUAUUGCGACCUUUCUACGUGUUUCCCUGUGGUCAUAAAUUUCACAGUGAUUGUUUAGUAGCGGCGUUAACGCCGAUGUUAUCUAUGGAUCAAAGAACGAAGCUGGCGGAUCUUCAGCGACAGCUAACUGCAAUCUCAAAUCGACCUGAAGACACUACAUCGAUGACAUCUGUGUCUUUGUCUACGAGAGAUCAAAUCAAAGCCGAUAUUGAUGAAUUGGUUGCUUCGGAAUGUCUCUACUGUGGAGAACUUAUGAUAGAGUCAAUAGACAAACCAUUCAUCGAGGAGGGAGAUUACGAACGCGUGAUGAAAGAGUGGACAUGAUGAAGCUUCUGUGCAGAAUUUGAUUUAUUGCCGUAAACAUAGUAGCGUAAAAGUUUGCUGGCCCAUUCUAAACCACAGCUGUCGAUUCCAAUCCUGGUGGAUUUGACGAUCUUAAAAUCCCCCGCUGCACCAUCAUCUUCGAUCCACAGACCUUUCCAUGUACAAAGAGAAUAUCUACUGUGUUCCUUGUUAAUCUGAUAUGCCAUGCAG